AUGACAGAAGUUGAUGAUUAUGAAAGUUAUUACUUGAAAUUAUUACUUGGAAUUUUAAAAUAUUCUGAUAUGUAUUUUAUUGAUGCGUUAAAAGAAAGGUUAGAAGAAAAGAUUUUAACUGGUCAUUAUAUUGAGCCCAAUAAUGUUAUAGAAAUCAAGCAAUGGGCAGAAUAUUACAGGGCAAAUCAAUUGGUUAAAGGAUGCAAUCAAUAUAUUAUGAAAAAUGAAGAAUUGAUUACGAUGCAAAGAAACAAUGAUAUUGGAGAUGCUGAUGAAAGCAGUUAA